AUGAAUUACUAUAGCACAGAUCUCUAUUACGCGGGCCGCGAUGAUGGGUCCUACUACGAUCAACAGCAGGGGCCAGGUCGUGUGGACAGGGACACGUCGCUCACGGAGCCAGAUGCUAACGCAGCAUCUUACACCGGCGGAUACAAAGACGACCCUGACGUUGCGGAUGACCCUCACCUUGCGCUUACAUCGCAAACAUUGAACGCCGACGGCACGCCCAAGCGUCCCAUGAACGCGUUCAUGAUAUUCGCUCGCAAGAGGAGGCCCGAAAUUUCUGCAGCUAAUCAGAUGAUGCGCACCGGUGAUGUGAGCAAGAUAUUGAGCCGGGAGUGGAACACAAUGGAGAUGCCGGAGAAGAAGUUCUACCUCGACCAGGCGAAGAAGCUCAAGGACCACUUCAACUCUCGAUAUCCCGACUACGUCUAUCGUCGUAGACCAAACAACUCUCGGAAGAAGCGCAAGCCAGACGUUGGUCACGAGGCGUCCGCGGAAGGAUCAUCGAGUGUCGAGAGAGAAGACUUGGGCACCGAUGACGCUCACGAGCUCGACGAAGUCGUCGAGGAGGCUGCGUUGCAUGACUAUCACUAUCAGUUCGCACAGACCUCGGGGGCACCAUCGCAGAUGACCUACGGAAACGCCGCACAGUCGCACUCACUCUCCGGCUAUAACGCACCAUCUUCGCCAUUCUCUUCGAAUCGUUAUGACGACAAGUCCGCUUCACUCUCGCACUCUCGGUAUUCCUCUUCGACUUCGCCUCCGCUCACAGCAGGGAUGUUGGCAUCGCAUCACGCGGGCGAGCUGAAUGCUUCGAACGCAUGGCCGUAUCACCGGGACGGCACGAGAACAGGCCGUGUCCCUUUGUUACCGGCGCUGGAUACCGGUCUUGCUCGUCAGAGGACUAGCGAGUCAGACUUGGCAGCCAGUAUGAGGGCGGAAGCAACGUCUCCUCAGACUGGUGUGCGAACAUGGGGAAGUGGUCCGUACUCCACCUCUUCAGGGAGCUCCAGUGCGUCCAUGACGCAUCACUCGAACUCGGCGUUCCCGACUCUCACUUCCCCCUUCAUCCCUGCACCAUCGCCUUCGCCUCGACAGGUCGAUCCGCUUUCGUCGCCGAUGUCGCAUUACAGCGCUACUCAGGAUUACUCUUCGGGGCAAUCAGUGUAUGCGCCCCGAGGAGCGCCCUCCUCGGGAAGGUCGGAUGGCGCGUUUGAGCACCGUGGCUUCACCCAGACCAACGUACUGCCUCCGCCUGUUGCCAAUACGUACCUCCCCCCUGCGGACCAACUGGGAGCGUCAUGGUCGUCCCAGUAUCGGUCCUUUCCUCCCUCGCACACAAACUUCUCGCCGUCGACGUUGUCUAUGCCUUCCCUGCCUAUGCAAGGCUCAUCUCCCACGGCGCCUUCGCCUACAAACCCCAACGCAAUGUCAAGCUCUCUCCCUCAUAUGGGGUACGUCGAUCGGAAUAGAUUCGAGGGACGUUAG